ACAGAACUGUGAAAACAUACUGUUUGACUCACAGCAGCUCUAUUCAGCUGUGCCAUUCACGUCUUCACAAUAAAGCUAAUUUUGGGGGUCCUCCUCAUAUUAAGUCUAUAAGGGAAAUCGAUAAGAGAGAAUUCACCUUUUUAUGGACUUUUUGAGAAAUCGUUGAAGAUGGAGGCUACUGAGACAGCUGCCAGAAAAUCUUUCAUCGUGGUGAUUAACAUGAUUGUGUGGAUGAUUUUAAUAACAGCUAUUGGAUUAGGAGCAAUCCAUUUCUACGAGUGCCCCGUCCAGCCAAAUCUCCCCACCUAUGUGACUGUGAUUGGAGCGGCUGGUCUGCUCUCACUGUUGAUCAUGUACCUGAGGAACACUUUAGACGACUGUCUGCUGGUUGGGUUCUGCGGCGCCUUCAGCUGUACGCUCUACCUAUUCAUUGUGUGCUGGUUCAUUGCUGGUACCUACUGGAUUUACUCCAUAUAUCCUCCCAACUAUGUUCCCACUGGAGACCACUGUCACAAAACCCUGUAUCUGUUUGCAUUUUGGAUUAACAAUCUAGGCUUUCUGUGUGUGUUCAUACUGUCCCUUUUUGCUUUGUAUACCACUUUAACACGUAAAGGCCUUUUGUUCACCGACAGAACCCUAUAUGUUAAAAUUUAGCUGCAGACCUGUAGGUAACUUACAGUUAUUCUAAUCAACUUCCAGAAAAUGUGCUUUAUUAUUUAUACUGGUAUGAGUGAUUAUAGAAGCGUAGAUUAGAGUGAGUGAGAGAAUGAUAUUGAUUUCUUUUAAAACAGUUCAGUAAACUACAGGUUAAUUGAGAGCCUUAUGAUUUAUACACCAUAUUUUCUGUUUUGUGAUUAAAGGGUUAUUCCAAACACAAGCACAGCAUUAUUUUGCUUCUCUGAACAACAUGGCGGUGUUUGUUUCCUUUAAAUGGUUCGGCUCACUCACUUAUCUACAGUGACUUACUGCCACCUACUGGCAGUAAUUUCAAAUAUCAGCAUUCAAAAAACAUGGAUCAUUUUGGUGGAAAAAAAUUAUGUCUCUUCUGUUUUUAUGUCUGCUGUUUAUUUAAAACAUUUUACAAUUUACAUAACUGUUUUUUUUUUUUUUUAAACGCAUUUUAAAAUGUCAUUUAUUGUGAUUUCAAAGCUACAUUUUAGCAGAAAUUCUUCUGAUAUUCAGCUGGAAUCUUUUUCAGUUGAUAAAUAGAGAGAUCAGAAGAACAGCAUUUAUGAAAUAUAAAUCUUUAGUAACAUUGUAAAUGUCUUUAUCAUCACGUUUGAUUAUUUUCAAUUUCCUUUCCUAAAUAAACUUUAGAAUGUGAGCUACAAUGUUAGAACAGCUAUUUGUUUCAGAUAAAUGCUGAUAUUUGGAUCAUUCUAUUCAUCAAAGAAUCUUUAUAUGAAAAAUUCAUACCUUCAUUUAUUCAUCAGAAUAUUUUUUGUUAAUUAUUUAUUAACAUUUGUAAGCGUCGACGCAAGCAACACAAAUACUAGCACAUAAUUUGGUUAAAUUUCUUUCUGUUUGUUUUUAAAUAUUAGCUUUUUUUUAUUAUAUCUUUUAUUGUGAAAAGCGGUAAAUAUCAAAAUACGUCAAUUAAAAAACGUGCUAAAUUAAUCAAUUAAAAAAAAAAAAAUCCUUGCGUUUUAAAUUAUUCAUGAGAGGGUUGUUAGCAAGGAGGUCUGUUAUUGGUUGUUAGGGUCGUAUGCCCCGCCCACAGCACUUGCGCCGGGUCAGUCGUCCUGUCACAGCACUCGUCCCAGAAAUGUCAUUAUUCCUGGCGAGGCAACAACAACAGCUGUUCGCAAAACUGCGUUAUAGUUUGAAAAUACGCCGUCAGAAGGGCUAUAUCUAGUCCGGCGUAACAAGACGGCUAGUUGUUAUGGCUGUCGCGGAACUAGUGGCAAAAUGCUUGCAGGCACGAGAAAUGGCUUACUGUCCGUACAGUGGGUUUCCAGUCGGUGCUGCUAUUUUGACGACAGGGGGCGCCAUUAUCACUGGCUGCAAUGUUGAGAAUGCCUCCUAUGGCCUUACUGUGUGUGCGGAGAGAACUGCCAUACAGAGAGCUGUCGCAGAAGGAUACCGGAGAUUUACAGCCAUAGCUGUCACAUGUGAUAUCAAAGAUAGUUUUGUGGGACCCUGCGGUGCUUGUCGACAGGUAUUAAUGGAGUUUGGCACAGAAUGGGACGUUUACCUCACUAAGCCAGAUGGAACCUACAGGAAGACAAGUCUCAGAGACCUCUUGCCUUUAGCAUUCACCCCGGCUCACCUGCAAAAGAACUGAAUGCACUACCCUAGAAAUGUUUUUUUAAAAUCUAAAUUUAGGAUUGAUACCACCGUGAACUGUACAUGAGGCCAUUUCAGUCACAACAUCAUCCUUAUGCACCUAUACAAUAGGUCUUAUUUAUUAUAUGAAGUUCUUAUAGAUUUUUUUUUAAGUCUAAACCUUCUGUCCCUUUUUUAUUUAGAGAAUAUAUAGACCAGGGUCGGCCAAUCCUGCUCCUGGCGACUGACUAUCCUGCAAAGUUCUGCUCCAACUCUAAUCAAAUAGUGAUUGAUAUGGAUAGAAUGGUUUAACGCAUAAGUAAUACAUUCAUACACAAAAGUAUGAAAUUAUGCUGUAAUUAGGAUCUAUUGAGAUUAUGUGAAUUAUAUUGAUCCCUAAAGAGAGGUCUGUUGGUUGACCUAAUUCACAUGUACGGUCAAAAUUUUGGUAUCAGUAGGUUUUCUUUUUUAAUAAACGAACACGAUUAUUAUUUAUUUAGCAAGGACACAUUAAAUUGAUCAAAAGUUACAAUAAAAAGCUUUAUAAUGUUAUAAAAUGUAUAUAUUAUUAAUAUUAUAUAUAUAUAUAUAUAUA